CAUGCCCUUCUCCUCCUUUCUUCCAAAGCUAGAAACAUAAGUCCUUUUAAGCUCUUUUUCCUCAAAGCUCUGGUGUUUAACAUUCCUGAAAAAUCCAUACUUUCUCCUCUGUUUUCCAUGAAGAGAUAGAAAUGAGAGUGCUUUGAGGGUUUUGCUCGGAACUGAGAAAUGGGUCGGGGAGAUGUGUUUGGUUGGGUUCCGGUGGGAGCUCCCUUAAGCGUGCAGAGAGAACGAGAAGACCAUUGGAGAAAUUUCGACAGCUCGGUUAAUGCGGUGUCGUUUGGGUUUGUCGCCACCGCCAUUCUCAUCUCCAUGUUCUUGGUCAUGGCCAUCUGCGAGAGGUUCCUCAGACGCAACUCGUCGGCCGGUGGUCGGAGCAGCGACCUCGAGGCUCAUGUUGGGUUUAACGGCAAGUUAGGUCACCCAUCACCAAAAAUGACUAUAUAUGCAAAUGGAGUUUCUGUGUUAAUGCCAGGUGAUGACAUUCCAACCUUCAUUGCACGCCCUGCCCCCAUACCCUGUCCCUCAGAACGAAUUUCAUUACCACACCAACAGCAACCUUCAUCUCCCAAUGUGUCUCAAACUCAGCCAUCUUAAACUCAAACCAAGCUCAAGAAAAGCAGCAACGAAAAUAAUCGCCCAUGCUACACUCAACUGGAACCAUAUGCAAAACAGUUGCAUGUCUUCCACACUCCGCAGGUUGCCCUUUUUCAGCUUCUAUCCAUGAGCUCCUUAUAUUGUGUACAUAGCAUUGGUAUUUUUAUGGUCAGGUUUGUUUAGGCAUUAUCAGAAUUGCCUCCCCCCUAGUCCUUGCUUAUAUCCUCCAUCUUAUGUUCAAGAUUUUGCUCUAGACGCGACUUGAAUCCUGAAGAUGGAUUGGAUUGCCCAUUGAAGGUUAUAGUGUUGUAAAAAUGUGAGCCAUAUAAUUGUUGUUAUGGAAGGAGUUUUAAGGGCAGUUUGUUGAAUCAAACUUAAAAUAAAACUAGCUUAUUAGA